AUGAACGUCCUGGCUCCGGUCCGCAGGGACAGGGUCAUCGCCGACCUGCCCCCGUGUUUUCGGAAGGAGGCCGCCCUGCACGCCCGCCCCGCCUUCCACCCCACGGUGGCCAGCGCUUGCCAGGAGCAGCGGACGGGCACCGUGGGGUUCAAGAUCUCCAAGAUCAUCGUGGUGGGGGACCUCUCGGUGGGGAAGACCUGCCUGAUCAACCGCUUUUGCAAGGACACCUUUGACAAGAACUACAAGGCGACCAUUGGGGUGGAUUUCGAGAUGGAGCGGUUCGAGGUGCUGGGGGUGCCCUUCAGCCUGCAGCUGUGGGACACAGCCGGCCAGGAGCGCUUCAAGUGCAUCGCCUCCACCUACUACCGGGGAGCGCAAGCCAUCGUCAUCGUCUUCGAUGUCAACGAUGUGGCAUCUCUGGACCACACGCGGCAGUGGCUGGCUGAUGCCCUGAAGGAGAAUGACCCAUCCAAUGUGAUCCUCUUCUUGGUGGGCUCCAAGAAGGACCUGAGCACGCCAGCGCAGUACAACCUGAUGGAGAAGGAUGCUCUGAAGGUGGCCCAGGAGAUGCAGGCAGAGUACUGGGCCGUCUCCUCGCUCACCGGGGAGAACGUGCGGGAUUUCUUCUUCCGCGUGGCGGCACUGACCUUCGAGAGCAGCGUGUUGGCUGAGCUGGAGCGCAGCAGUGCCCGCAAGAUCGGCGACACCGUGCGGAUCAGCAGCAACGAGAGCGACUUGUACCUGUCGGCACCCCGCAAGAAACCCAAGUGCUGCCAGUGAGGGGGCAGC